UCCCCAAAGAAUUUCAAAGCUCAGAGAUGAGGUGUGUUGAUCACUAUUGAGAAUGAAGCUGGCAUGAAUGCUGGAAAUCCAUGUCUCUGAUGGCUUUUUGCUAGUGAGGUGCAUCAUUGUGGACUGAAUUUUCAGAAAGAACUUUUCAAGAUACAAGACCUACUUUGGGGUUCAUCUGUAGAACUACUGGACAAAGGGAAUGUUUCAAACAAUUAAAGAAUGGUUCUGGUUGGAAGAAUUAUGGCUUCCUCCCACAAUGAAAUGGUCAGAUCUUGAAGAUCAUGAUGGACUUGUCUUUGUAAAACCUUCUCAUUUAUAUAUAACAGUUCCCUGUGCUUUCCUCUUAUUGAUCAUCAGAUACUUUUUUGAAAGGUUUAUUGCCACACCUCUAGCAAAGACUUUGGGCAUAAAGAAAAUCCCAAAGAAGAUUCAGCACAAUGCUGUCUUAGAGAACUUUUUCAUCCAAUCCGCCAGACAUCCUUCCCAAAAUGAUCUAUAUGGUCUAGCAAAGAAGUGUAACCAGACUGUACAACAGGUUGAAAUAUGGUUUAAGAGACGACGUAAUCAAGAAAGACCUUGCAGACUAAAGAAAUUCCAGGAAGCUUGCUGGAGAUUUACCUUUUAUUUAUUCUUAACUAUUGCUGGAAUUGGAUUUCUUUAUGAUAAACCUUGGCUUUAUGAUCUGUGGGAGGUUUGGAAUGGCUAUCCAAAGCAGCCAUUACUACCAUCUCAGUACUGGUACUACAUUUUAGAGAUGAGUUUUUAUUGGUCUCUGCUGUUUAGUCUUGGUUCUGAUGUCAAGAGAAAGGAUUUUCUGGCCCAUGUCAUCCAUCAUUUGGCUGCUUUAAGUUUGAUGAGCUUCUCUUGGUGUAUUAAUUAUAUUCGUAGUGGGACAUUGGUGAUGCUUGUCCAUGAUGUUGCUGACAUUUGGCUUGAGUCUGCUAAAAUAUUUUCUUAUGCUGGAUGGAAGCAAACAUGUAACACUUUAUUUUUCAUCUUUGCUGCUGUGUUCUUUAUUACCCGCCUAGUAAUUUUCCCCUUCUGGAUUUUAUAUUGCACAUUGGUUCUACCUCUACAUUAUCUUAAGCCUUUCUUUUCAUACAUUUUCCUCAAUGUGCAACUCUUGAUCCUGCAAGUCCUUCAUCUCUACUGGGGUUACUAUGUCCUUAAAAUUCUCAAAAAAUAUGUAUUGAAAAAGGAGCUUGAGGAUCAAAGGAGUGAUAAUGAAGAAGAAUCUACUGAAGAGGAUGAACCUGAGUGUUUGAAGAAUGGUCGUGGGACAGGCAGGAAUCCAGUUCCCAAUGGUCAGCCUGGUCAUUAGGUCUGAGCCCCACAGUCCCUCAAGUAGUGCUAUCUGAUUCUUGUGGGGACAUCUAACUCAAAAUGCUGAAUAGAACUGAGAAUCACAAGCUCUUCUGUACCACGGAUGGAUUUAUUGCUGCUUACAAGGCCUUGAGAGGAGCCCAUUUCCCCAGUGUGCCUCCUCCUACCCCACCAAAAUUUUUGCUUAGGGAAAAUUUGUCAAUGGGCAGGUUAUCUUGAGAUUUUGUUCUUUUAAUAUUUAAAAUGGCAUGUGAAACAUUACCUAAUUAUUUUACAACAUUUAAGGCUUCAGUUAGGCAAGGAUUUUAAAAGUUUCUCCAGAGAAAGGCUUAAAUUAUAUGUAGGUUAAUCUUACAUUUCAAAUAUUUUGAUUUUUAGAAAUCUGUCAUUCUUUUAUCCCCUUACCUCCACAACCUGACUGGUACUUACCUAUGGCUUUGGUAGUGUGAACAGGGUUUCUUCACAUAAGCUUUAGUUAUAGUGAGAAGAGACUUGGAAUGUUGUUCAGUUUCCAUGAUAAUUCCACACCUUUUGAAAGACACAGUUCAGCUUCUUUCUAUUUAGUAAGCCAACCUAGGCAGGUAGAAAAGGAAUUUCCUUCUAAUGACAAUAGUGUCAAGUGAACUUAUGUGGUUUUCCUUCUGGUAUCACAGAUUGCCAUUAAACACUGUUUUCUGA